AUGGCGACACAAGUAGAUAAUUUUGACGAUGAUCCAUUGAAAGAGGAAUUCGAGAAAGGGACAGGGCCCAGGUGGUUUCGCUAUAGCGAUCUUGCCGUCGCCACCAGCAACUUCUCCGACCAGAUGAAGCUGGGUGAAGGUGGUUUUGGUUCCGUGUACAAAGGAUUUUUGAAGGAGCUUAAAGUAGAGGUGGCUAUAAAAAAAGUGUCCAAGACCUCCAAGCAGGGGAGGAAGGAGUACAUGUCAGAGGUGAAGAUCAUAAGUCGUUUGAGGCAUCGAAACAUCGUACAGCUUAUUGGUUGGUGCCAUGGUGGCGGCGAGCUCUUGCUUGUGUACGAUCUUAUGCCCCACGGCAGCCUAGAUACUCACCUUUAUUGUUCAAACGCCACAUUAUUGUGGCCAUUCAGAUAUGAGAUUGUGUUGGGGCUUGGGUCGGCACUUCUGUACCUGCAUCAAGAUUGGGAGCAAUGUGUUCUGCAUCGUGACAUCAAGCCAAGCAACAUCAUGUUAGAUGCAUCCUUCUGUGCCAAACUUGGUGAUUUUGGGCUUGCCCGGCUUGUCGACCACGGCCGAGGACCAUACACAACAGGUCUUGCAGGAACUAUGGGCUACAUGGAUCCUGAGUGUGUGGUCACCGGAAGGACCAGCGUCGAGUCUGAUGUCUACAGCUUUGGCGUCGUCAUGCUCGAGAUCGCCUGCGGCAAGCGGCCCGCGGUUGCUCGGGGGCAAGAGGACAUCAUUCAUCUGGUGCAAUGGGUUUGGGAUUCAUGGGAAAGUAGAAGGACCCUUGAAGCGGCUGAUGCGCAGCUCAACCUGGAGUUUGACGAACGGGAGAUGGAGUGUGUGAUGGUCGUCGGGCUCUGGUGCGCGCACCCUGAUAGGACCCUGAGGCCGUCCAUCAAGCAAGCGGUCAACGUGCUACGAUUUGAGGCGCCUCUACCAAGCUUUCCAGCAAAGAUGCCCGUCGCGACAUUCAUGACGGCAAUUGAUUCUUCAUUAGUUUCUGCAUCCCAGCUUACAGCGGGCAGAUGA